AUGUCUGCAAGCAAGAACGGUACGCCGCCUCCGGCGACCAGCCAUACAGUCGUGUAUAACCAGAAGAACUUGUCCAUCCGGAUUGGCAUGCGGGAUGGCGUCACGGGUGAAUUCAAGCUCGUGCCAAGGGAGCAGGCAGUAGUGUCAGUGUUUGACUCCAAUUUCUUGGUGGGCGACGGGAUAUGGGAGGGCAUCCGCGCGGUCCGAGGCCGCGUGCAGUUCGCACGCGAUCAUAUUAACCGCCUCUUCCAGUCGGCUAAGGCCAUGUACAUGGAGCUCGGCCUGACAAAGGGCCAGCUUCUCGGCCUGAUUCACCAGACCCUCGAUGCCAACGACAUGGCCGACGAGCCGCACGUGCACAUCCGGCUGGUGGUGUCCCGGGGCCUGAAGAGCACACCCUACCAGAACCCGCACGUCAACAUUGGCCUGCCCCUGAUUGUCAUCAUCCCCGAGAUCAAGGCCGUCGACACCGCCGCGAAGGCCCGCGGGCUGAAGCUCGGGACGACCUGGGUGCGCCGCGGGCCGCCGGACGUCAAGGACGAGGCGUGGAACCACAUCUCCAAGGCCACGGACGUGCAGGCGUGCAUCAGCGCCAACAUGAUGGGCGUCGACGAGGCGCUGAUGCUGGACCUGCGGGGCUUCGUCAAGACGUGCAACUCAGUCAACUUCUUCAUCGUCCGCAACGGGUGCGAGGUCUGGGCGCCGACCAAGGACAACCAGAUGCAAGGGAUCACGCGGCAGAAGACCAUUGACGUGUGCCGGGCCGCGGGGCUGACGGUGCGGGAGCUGGACUUUACCUUGACCGAGGUGUACGGCGCUGACGAGGCGUUCUGUACCGGAACGUUUCCCUCGCAGCUGCAUGUCACGAAUGUGGAUGGACGGGUGAUUGGCGAUGGGAAGAGGGGGAGGGUUACGGAGUUUAUCCAAAAGCUAUAUGCUGAAGAGGUGGAGAGAGAUACAGGCAGGACCAGGGACGAGAUUAUAGCCGAGGUCGAGGCGCCGAGGGACAUGAGCCGAUUGGAGGCCCUCCUGGCCAAGGCUGGGACCUCGGAUGAGACAAACUAG